AUGGUGGUUCCGGAGAAGGAGCAGAGCUGGAUCCCCAAGAUCUUCAAGAAGAAGACCUGCACUGCGUUCAUCAUUGACCUCACAGAUCCGGGAGGGACCCUGUGCCAGUGUGGGUGCCCCCGGAAUGCACACCUGUCAGUGGCUGUAGAGGACGCAUUCGGGGCAGCUGUGGUGACUGUUUGGGAUAGUGAUGUGCACACCACCGAGAAGCCUACUGACGCCUACGGGGACCUGGAUUUCCUGGGCUCGGGCCGCAAGGCCAGCAAUUUCCUUCGUCUCUCUGACCGCACGGAUCCAGCGGCAGCCUAUAAUCUGGUCACAAACACAUGGGGCUUCCCCCCUCCAAACCUGGUGGUGUCAGUGCUGGGGGGCUCAGGGGCCCCCAUCCUUCAGACCUGGCUGCAGGACCUGCUUCGUCGCGGGCUGGUGCGGGCUGCCCAAAGCACAGGGGCCUGGAUUGUUACCGGCGGGCUGCACAGGGGCAUUGGCCGGCAUGUUGGUGUGGCAGUGCGGGACCACCAGACGGCCAGCACUGGGGACAGCAAGGUGGUAGCCAUGGGCGUGGCCCCCUGGGGCGUGGUCCGGAACAGAGAUGCCCUCCUCAACUCCAAGGGCUCCUUCCCUGCAAGGUACCCGUGGCGCAGCAACCCCAAGGACAGGGACCAGGAGGACAGUGGCCAAUGUUCCCUUGACUACAACUACUCUGCCUUCUUCCUUGUGGACGACGGCACACAGGGCCGCCUGGGGGGCGAGAACCGCUUCCGCUUGAGUUUCGAGUCGUACAUCGCUCGGCAGAAGACAGGUGUCGGAGGGACUGGAAUUGACAUCCCUGUUCUCCUCCUCCUGAUUAACGGUGAUGAGAAGAUGUUGAAGCGGAUAGAGGAUGCCACCCAGGCCCAGCUUCCCUGUCUUCUGGUGGCUGGGUCUGGGGGUGCUGCAGACUGCCUGGCAGAGACCCUGGAGGACACUUUGAUCCUAGGGAGUGGGGGGUCCAGGCGGGGUGAAGCUCAAGAUCAGCUUAGGCGUUUCUUUCCCAAAGGAGACCCUGAGGUUCUGCAGGCUCAGGUGGAGAGGAUCAUGACCCGGAAGGAACUGCUGACAGUCUAUUCACUUGAGGAUGGCCCUGAGGAAUUUGAGACCAUCGUUUUGAAGGCCCUUGUGAAGGCCUGUGGGAGCUCUGAGGCCUCAGCUUACCUGGAUGAGCUGCGUUUGGCUGUGGCUUGGAACCGUGUGGACAUUGCCCAGAGGGAGCUCUUCCGGGGGGACAUCCAGUGGCGGUCCUUCCACUUGGAGGCCUCCCUCCUGGAUGCCCUCCUCAAUGACCGUCCCGAGUUCGUUCGUCUGCUCAUCUCCCGCGGCCUCAGCCUGAGCCACUUCCUGACUCCGGCGCGCCUGACCCGCCUGUACAGCGUGACGCCCCCCAACUCGGUGGUGCACCAUCUUCUGCGCCAGGCGUCCCACGGCCCUAAAGGCUCUGCGGAGGCCCCACCCCCUGAUGUAGGGCAUGUGCUGCGGCUGCUGCUGGGGGAAAUGUGCGCUCCAACGUACUACCCCGAGAGUGCCGCGGACCCCGACCCUGGCCACGGCUGCGCAGUAAGUACUGGUCGCCGGCUCUCAGCCAAGACAAACUCGGAACUGAAGCUGAACGCUGUCCUUGGGCAGGACCCCUUGAGCGACCUGCUGCUCUGGGCACUGCUGUUGAACAGGGCUCAGAUGGCCCUAUACUUCUGGGAGAUGGGCUCCAAUGCUGUGGCCUCAGCUCUUGGGGCCUCUUUACUGCUCCGAGUGCUGGCACGCAUGGACUCUGAGGCUGAGGAGGCAGAGAGGAGGAAGGACCUGGCGGCCAAGUUUGAGGGGCUGGGUGUUGGCCUCUUUGGCCAGUGCUACCGCAGCAAUGAGAAAUGGGCUGCCUGGCUACUCCUUCGCCGCUGUCCACUCUGGGGGAAUGCCACCUGCCUCCAGCUUGCCAUGCAGGCUGAUGCCCGUACCUUCUUUGCCCAGGAUGGGGUACAGUCUCUGCUGACACAGAAGUGGUGGGGAGCAAUGGACAGCACCACGCCUGUCUGGGCCCUGGUUCUCACCUUCUUUUGCCCCCCACUCAUCUACACCAACCUCAUCACCUUCAGGAAGUCCAAAGAGGAGUCUUUACAGAAGGACCUGGAGCUUGACAUGGAUAAGGGCAUUAACGGGGAAGGGCCUUUUGGGCCGACCAACCCCACAGAGAAGAUGCCAUUGAGGGCAUCGAGGCAGCCCAGACACAGCGGCUGUUGUGGGGAGCCCUGCUGGCGUCAGUGCCUGCGCCGCUGGUCCCAUUUCUGGGGGGCACCGGUGACGGCCUUCAUGGGCAACGUGGUAAGCUACCUGCUCUUCCUGCUGCUCUUUGCCCGUGUGCUGCUCAUUGACUUCCAUCCUUCAACGAUCAGCGCCUUCGAGCUGCUCCUGUACUUCUGGGCCUUCACCCUUCUCUGCGAGGAGUUCCGGCAGGGCCUGGGUGGCGGCUGGGGCAGCCUGUCCAUCGGGGCACAGGGCCACGGCCACACCCCGCUGCGCCGCCGCCUGGGCCUCUACCUCGCUGACACCUGGAACCAGUGUGACCUGGCAGCCCUCACCUGCUUCCUCCUGGGCGUGGGCUGCCGGCUGACCCCGGGCCUGUAUGAACUUGGCCGCACCAUCUUCUGCCUCGACUUCAUGGUCUUCACGGUGCGGCUGCUGCACAUUUUCACAGUCAACAAACAGCUGGGGCCCAAGAUCGUCAUCGUGAACAAGAUGAUGAAGGAUGUGUUCUUCUUCCUCUUCUUCCUUGGUGUGUGGCUCGUUGCCUAUGGGGUGGCCACGGAGGGGCUGCUAAGGCCCCAGGACCGGGACCUCCCAAAUAUCCUGCGCCGCGUCUUCUACAGGCCAUACCUACAGAUCUUUGGGCAGAUACCCCAGGAAGAGAUGGAUGUGGCCCUCAUGGAGCAUGUCAACUGUUCGUUGGAACAGGGCUUCUGGGCACACCCAUUGGAGACACACACGGGCUCCUGUGUCUCCAUUUAUGCCAACUGGCUGGUACUACUGCUCCUAGUCGUCUUCCUGCUCGUGGCCAACAUCCUGCUGGUCAAUCUGCUCAUCGCAAUGUUCAGCCACACGUUCGGCACAGUACAGGGCAACAGUGACCUCUACUGGAAGGCGCAGCGCUACAGCCUCAUCCGAGAAUUCCACUCUCGGCCUGCGCUGGCCCCGCCCUUCAUCAUCAUUUCGCACGUGCGCCUCUUCAUCCGUCGAUUGCGCAGGCUCUGGACUAGGUUGCCGUACUCUCCGCAAGUCGAGCAUUUCCGGAUCUACCUCUCGAAACAAGCCGAGCGGAGACUGUUGACAUGGGAGUCGGUGCAGAAAGAGAAUUUCCUCCUGGCGCGCGCGCGGGACAAACGGGAGAGCGACUCUGAGCGUCUGAAACGCACGUCGCAGAAGGUGGACAGUGCGUUGAAGCAGCUGGGACAGAUCCGCCAGUACGAGCAGCGUUUGAAAGGACUGGAACGGGAGGUCCAGCACUGCAGUCGUGUACUGGCCUGGAUGGCUGAGACCCUGAGCCACUCUCCGUUGCUGCCCCCAGGGAGGCCACCGCCCCCAGCCCCACCUGAACCCAAAGACUGA